UUACCUCCCUGCUGCCGCUCCUCAGUCGCCCUGGCGCCCCUCCUUCGGCGGCCUCGCAUCCCCGCCCACAGACCCCUGCCCGCGACUCCCAGCCUCCUGAGACCCCCGGGCGUCCCUGACUCCCGACUGCGGGUGCGAAGGGAGUGCCGCCGCCGGGGGCUCGGAAGGGGUCGCCCGGGUCCCAGGACCACCGCCCCUAGCUGCUGCUUGGUCCUCGCAAACGCGUUCCGCCUGGGAGGCGAUCAACGGUUGGCGCGAUGAGUGCCAACGAGGACCAAGAGAUGGAACUAGAAGCAUUACGUUCGAUUUAUGAAGGAGAUGAAAGUUUCCGGGAAUUAAGUCCAGUUUCAUUUCAAUAUAGGAUAGGUGAAAAUGGUGAUCCCAAAGCCUUCUUAAUAGAGAUUUCCUGGACAGAAACAUAUCCCCAAACACCUCCAAUUAUAUCUAUGAACGCUUUUUUUAACAACACCAUAUCAUCAGCUGUAAAGCAGAGUAUAUUGGCCAAAUUACAGGAAGCAGUUGAAGUUAAUCUUGGAACUGCUAUGACAUACACAUUGUUUGAAUAUGCCAAAGACAAUAAAGAACAAUUCAUGGAGAACCACCAUCCUGUUAAUUCUACGACAUCCAUAAGUAAUAUCAUCUCUGUUGAAACUCCUAAUACAGCCGCAUCAAGUAAGAAAAAAGACAAAAAAGAACAACUUUCAAAAGCCCAGAAACGUAAGCUGGCAGAUAAAACAGAUCACAAAGGGGAACUUCCUCGAGGAUGGAACUGGGUUGAUGUGGUUAAGCAUUUAAGCAAAACUGGUUCUAAAGAUGAUGAAUAGUAUUUGGAAUCUGAGACAACAAAAGAGCAUCCUUUACAAAAGUAAACUGGAUUCAAAAUCUUUCAUCACUCUUUUCUGGUAUUGAAGUGGCUUUUUAUAAAACACAAUUUUUUGUAUGUUUCUUAUGUGAAAAAUGUUGUAAGCUGUAAGUUCAUUAAACGAUCUGGUUGUAUUAAAUUAUUUUCACAAACUUGCCUUAAUAAAAGGUGAAAAUGUUACUAUUUAGUAUACUUUAUGAAGCCUAUCAAGCUUUGUAAGUGGACAAAUAUGGGGGAUAGUACAUAAUCAGUGUUAAUUUAUAUGAUCUUAUUCUAGUGGAUGUGAUAUAUUUUUAAAGGAGAAUGAACCCCUUUGAAACUCUCAUCCCAGUGGAGCAAAAUACUGAGCAAACAAUUAUUCAGCAGCCUGAUCCAUGUUAAUUAGCUUCUCAUCUUAAAUCAAGUCUUCGUCCCUUCUUUCUCUUAAUUACUUAAGCAUAAAUUGCUCCAGAGAAAUUUACAUCCUGGUAUUUGUAGUUCCUUUUUAUUUUUCAAGGAUGAACUGCCUCCCUUUAGUAAAUGGAUAUCUAUUUAUACUUGUCUCUUGGUUUGCAUCAAGAUGUUUGAUCAUGAGAGAUUUCAAUGCUUUGUGAAAUAGGAUAAUAUAAAAAACAAAAAUCUGAAUACAUUAGAAAGUAUUUUGAAUAGCAAUGAUGGCUUUUAUUUACAUUUCUCUUUGCUACAUAUACCAUAAUGGAGUAAAAGAUGCCUUAAUAUUUAAUUUUUUAUUGUUGGAGACAAUGAUUUUAAUGAAUUCCUAUUUAUCUGCUAUUGUGUGUUUUUAAUUAUUUGAUAACUGAAGUCUUCUGAAUGGCUUAACAGAGAAACAAGUCUUGUCGCUUUUCAGAGCAUCUCUUCAACUAUACAAAUGUAUUUCUCAACCUGAGCAUCUUUGCAAUAAUAGACAUAGAAGUCUUUCAAAUGCUGAAUUGUAGUACAUGCUUGAUUUUAAAAGAAAUCAUUAAUAGAGGAAAAUAUUGGUGUAGUUUUACCUUAUCAGGAAAAAUUAUUGAUGUUUAUGUGUGAUUUAUAGUGAUUUUGUAUAUAUGUCCCAUAAGAACACUUAGAACUACUGCUGUGGUACCCCGAAGGGUAGAAAUGUUAGUUCCUCAAGUUAUAGCUGUGCAGCUUGGGUCUGAGUUUUUAAAGAAUAAUGAACUUUUAAAGAAGUUACCUUAGAAUAAGAGCAGUUUCUGGAGUUGUAUUCUUGGUUUUUACUGGGUUAACAUUAGCUUCAGUUAAAACUUUUGAAUUAUAAACUGUGUAAUUAAAAGUGAAAGAGCUUAGUCUCAUUUUCAAAAGCUGAAUCAUGAUUUAUUUCUUGAAUUAAUAUGAUAGAAACAUUAAAAUUCAGGACCACUGAAAUAGGCCAACUUUUGUUUUCAGGUUGUGGUGUGUAAGUUUUGUUGUGUUUAAUUGUUUGCUUGUGUUUUAAAGAAACUGAAAGAGCUAGCUCUACUAGUGGAAGAAAAAAUACAUUGUUUUGCUCUGAUGAUUCUAAAACUGUUCAGGCUUAUUGUGGUUCAUAGAUGAUUACCAAGAAUGCUAGUUAAAUACCAAUGAACUAUUUUUACUGUUUUAUACGAUAUGUAUGAAUUUCUGUGAGUGAUGGUGGUGGUGGUGCCUCCCAUUACCUUAUGUCAAAUAGUUAAGCAUUCUCGUUGAUGUUGCCAUCAUCUGUUUAACACUCCCAGUAUGUUUUCUGAAUGUCUGUUUACUUAAAAUGGUUUGGAAUGACAAAACUAACAAGCAAUAAAAUCUUAAUUCCAA